UAGUUUUUGUUUUCAGAUUAUUAUCCGUUUUUAUUAUAUUGUCAUAUUUAUCACAGCGGUCUUUUAAAGAUAAUAGUUUCUUACUGUAGGCUCGGGUGCACGUCUUGAUUUUUUUAUCGGAUUUACGAUGAAUACUUGAGUUUAUUUUACGUUCGCGUCCGUAUGUAAAUAAAAUUUCGAAAAUGUAUAGCAAUAACGAAAGAACGGUGAUAGCGAUGAAUGAAAAUAACAAUUAUGGAUCGGUGGGAAGAAACCUUGAGAGGUCCAGUAUUACAAGUAUCACUACACCAAAGAGGGUAAUUUAUUGCGUCCAUGGAAAACCCAGUACUGGAUGUUGUACGGUUUCAGAAGGGGAAGUGGUGAAUGUGGAACCUAGUGAUUCUAAUAUCAGCAAUUUUGCAAAGGAAAAUACGGAUACUACCGAGUUAGUUAAUAAACAUUGCCAUAGAUCUUCCGCCCCUUCGGUCGAUAAAAAAGCAAGAAAAAAAUUAAUACUAGCCAGUAUUCUGUGUGUUAUUUUUAUGAUUGGGGAAGUUAUCGGUGGUUAUCUGUCGAAUAGCUUAGCUAUAGCUUCGGAUGCGGCUCACCUCCUAACAGAUUUUGCCAGCUUUAUGAUCUCAUUAUUUUCGUUAUACAUGGCUCACCGACCAUCGACGAAGCAAAUGUCAUUCGGGUGGUAUCGUGCCGAAGUCAUAGGCGCCCUUACUUCGGUACUAAUGAUUUGGGUUGUCACAGGAGUGCUGGUUUACAUAGCAAUUCAAAGGGUCAUUUAUGAAAAUUUCGAAAUUGAUGCGCCUGUGAUGCUGAUCACUUCAGGAGUGGGAGUGCUCGUAAAUUUAGUAAUGGGGUUAACCUUACAUCAGCACGGACACUCUCACAGUGGUGAUUCAAACCACAGUCACUCCAACAAAUCCAAACAAAACAUUAACGUUAGAGCGGCAUUUAUCCACGUAAUUGGAGACUUCUUACAAAGCUUUGGAGUCUUAGUAGCCGCCAUUGUGAUUUAUUACGAGCCUACUUGGUCAAUGGUAGACCCAGUAUGCACAUUCAUAUUUUCCGUAUUAGUCGUAAUAACGACAUUUGCGAUUAUUAAAGACGCACUUUUGGUGCUUAUGGAAGCUUUACCCAAAGGAAUUGAUUUCGAGGAAGUCAUGAACAUCGCUUUAAAUAUAGAAGGCGUUAAGAGGGUGCAUAAUUUAAGAAUAUGGGCUCUGAGUUUAGAUAAAAUUGCAAUGUCGGCACACAUAGCUAUAAGUCCGGGAACGAAUCCUCAGAACGUGUUAAUGGAGGCGACGAAAAAAAUUCACGACAAGUUCAACUUUUUCGAAAUGACGUUACAGAUCGAGGAGUUCCAAGAAAUCAUGGAGGAUUGCAAGCAAUGCCAGAAUCCGUAGAUUAUUUUCCGGGACUUGGACUAUAUUUAUUUAUGUUAAUAAACAUUUUUUAUCCACUUUCCGCGUAUUUGUCAAAUAAA